GAAAGAAACCUUACAGCUGUGAUUACUGCAGGAUAAGUUUCACUAGCAAGAGUUCCUUAAACAGACAUCAACAACUUCAUACAGGAGAGAAACCUUACAUCUGUGGUUAUUGUGGAAAAAGUUUUACUAGCAAGAGUUCUUUAAGCAAGCAUCAACAAAUUCAUACAGGAGAAAAACCUCACAGCUGUGACCUCCGAGAACAACCUUACAGCUGUGAUUACUGCAGAAAAAGUUUCACUAACAAUAGUUCCUUAGAUCGACAAAUUCAUACAGGAGAGAAACGAUACAGCUGUGACCAAUGUGGAAAAUGUUUCACUAGUAAUAACUACUUAAACAAGCAUCAACGAAUUCAUACAGGAGAAAAACCUUACAGCUGCGAUCACUGUGGGAAAAGUUUCACUAGCAAGA